AUGGGCAUGGUUGACUUGUUUUACAAUAAUAACAAUACAUCAGAGACGGAACCCACAGCUCCUCUGACUCUUUUGAAGCCAGAAAGCUGUGAGUCGUCAUCCCGCAUCCGUGCUUUCCUUCGGCUUUCCAGAAUCGCCACCGAUGAUACUAUAAGGCAGCACUUGAAUGAGAUUCCCCGCUCCAAAUGUGAUGAGUACUUCAAUAGAAAGAUUGUACCACAGUGGCGAGCUCGGAGCGAAGUUAUUACUUUUUGCUCAAACUAUGCUAAAGAAAUACGGCUGAAAGUCGAGUUGCGGAAAGCGGAAGCCCAUAACGAUCACGAUCUUCGAAUAGACCCAUAUGCAUUGAAGAAUGAAUUGAGCCAAUUGGAAGAACAAACCUCAAAGUGCACCACCAUCGAGAAUUGGAUUCACAAUGAGUCUGGAGUUGAGGCAAUCAUUCGUGCUCAAACAGCAGACGUACUAAACGACAAAUGUUACUACAAGGACUGGCUUGCAGCUUUCAAGAAAAGUGUUUAG